AUGUCCCGUCCCGAACACAUUGCACCUCCUGAGAUCUUUUAUGGCGAAGUAGAGGCCAGAAAGUAUACUGACAAUUCUCGUAUUGCUUCCAUUCAAGCAGAGAUGGCAUACCGUGCUCUGGAGUUGCUGAACUUGUCAGAGGGACCCAAGUUCCUGUUGGAUAUUGGAUGUGGAUCUGGACUUAGUGGAGAGAUUCUUGAAGAAGAGGGCCAUGUGUGGGUUGGAAUGGAUAUUUCACCACACAUGAUUGAUGUAGCUAGAGAAAGAGAAGUAGAAGGUGACUUGUUUGUUCAGGAUGCUGGACAGGGUGUCGGUUUCCGUCCUGGAACAUUUGAUGGUUGCAUUAGUGUUUCAGUAUUGCAGUGGCUGUGUAAUGCAGACAAGACUAUCAAUCGACCCAAGGCACGUCUGCAGAGAUUUUUUUCUACUUUAUAUGCUUCGUUGAAGAAGAGCGCCAGAGCUGUGUUCCAGUUUUACCCGGAAAACGAUGAUCAGAUCAAGUUGAUUAUUGACGUGGCAACAAGAUGUGGUUUUGAGGGUGGUCUUUUGGUUGAUUAUCCCAACUCCAAGAAAGCCAAGAAAUAUUAUCUCUGUCUGUUUGCUGGUACUCAAACAGGCCGCCGUAAUGAACUUCCAAAGGCUCUUGGAGAAGACGGAGAAAUGCACCCGGAUGAGGUCAAGUCUAUCUCGAACGAGAACCGAAGACUGGUAACCCGUAAGCGAAAGACAAACCGCACUUCGGUCAAGGACAAGAAGUGGGUUCAGCACAAAAAAGAGGUUGCUCGUGAUCGGGGCGACAAGGUUGUUGCCAAUGACUCCAAAUACACGGCUCGUAAGCGAAAAGUCCGCUUCUAA